AUGGGCAUCAACACUGCCCCGAGCGACAUCACCCGGGAAUUCUUCCGUCAUUCCUCCGGCCGGCGUGUCAACACCGACGCCACCAUCGCCAAGGCCCUCAAGGCGGAAUACCCCAACCUCGACCUCGUCAUCGUCCCUUCCCUCGGCGUAGACCUGCUCGGCUACGCCUCCGCCGGACACGCCAACUUCACCUCCCUCGCCGACCAGCCAGCGGCAAACAGCCAGGAAUCGGAUCAUGGUCUCCCGGUGCUUCCGACCUCGCUCAUAUGGAAGAUCUACACCGCCCCGGCCCGGCGCAUCGACGGCAGCCCAGGUAGUCUAGCCCAGGACGUACUCUUCGCCAAAUUCCUGUAUACCUGGCAAAAAAACGAGUUCAUCCUGUACCUCGUCGACGGCCGCGACGGAGCAAAUUCUUACCCAGACGUGCGGAACCACUACCUGUUGACCACCGACACCGCGAAAGCCGACGCCCUCGUGGUGGCUGCGGGCCAGUGGGGCAACGAGCUGCACGAACAGGUGUGGGUUUGGGACGCCGGGCGCUGGACGAAGAGCGCGGAGUUGUACCAGAGUAUUCGGAAGGCGUCGUGGGAUGCCGUGAUUUUAGAGGAAGGGAUGAAGAAGGCGAUUAUUGCGGACCACCAGUCGUUCUUUGACUCGAGGGAUACGUACACGCGACUGAAGGUGCCAUGGAAGCGGGGAUUGAUUUACUAUGGACCGCCGGGUAACGGGAAAACCAUCUCGAUCAAGGCCAUGAUGCACACGCUGUACAGCCGGGAAGAGCCCGUCCCGGCUCUGUAUGUCCGGAGUUUCUCUUCGUUCGCCGGCCCCGAAUACGGCAUCAGCCAAAUCUUCCUCAAAGCGCGGCAGUACGCCCCCUGCUACCUCAUCUUCGAAGAUCUCGACUCGCUCGUAUCCGACUCGGUGCGUAGCUACUUUCUCAACGAGAUCGAUGGCCUUCGCAGCAACGACGGCAUCUUCAUCGUGGGCAGCACCAAUCACCUAGAACGCCUGGAUCCAGGUAUCGCAAAACGCCCGUCCCGCUUCGACAGAAAGUACUACUUCCCCGACCCCAACCUCUCCGAGCGCAUCGCCUACUGCCACUUCUGGCAGCGCAAGCUCGCCGGCAACCGCGACAUUGUUUUUCCCGAUCGGCUGUGCGAGGCUAUCGCGGGGAUCACGGACGGGUUCAGUUUUGCAUACAUCCAGGAGGCCUUUGUGGCGUCGCUGAUUACGAUUGCGCGAGAUGCGGGGGAUGCGGAAGUCAACUGGCCAAAAGAGGAUGAGGAAGGGCCUGAGGCUGGGUGGGAGAGUGUGGAGAGGCUGCGGAGUAAUAGUGAGGAACUCCAAGAGGAUUGGGUGGGAGUGAACACCGACGAUGAAGGUGACUUGGAUGAUUUACCGUUGUGGGUGGAGAUCAAGAAACAGGUGGCCAUCUUGCGAGAGGGAAUGAAGGAAAAGGCGAGCAACUAG